GUACCAGUAGCUACCAAUACCGGUAGUGCGAUGCAUUAAAUCAGUGCAGUAUGGCACAGUCGCAAAGAAGCUUCCGCUUCCCCUGCCCCUCCACUUACAUGCUUUUGGCCAUUGACCUGUGCUUGGAGAUUGGUGAUGAGCACGAGAGAGAGCCCGAGAGGCUUCCACAAACUCCUCGUUCCCUCCCUCCAACCCUCCAGCUCCUCUUCAGCUCAACCCAACCCACAAAGUCUAGCUACUAGCUAAGCUAGUAGAAGAUAUCCGCCACCGUAGUCAGUGAUAUAGAGUAGCCCGUUGUAAAGCACCAUGAGCAAGACGCCUCCUUCUCCUCCUUCGACCUCUCGAGAACACGAGACCCCUCUAUCUCCCUUCCGUCCGAAGAGACCAACAGACGAUUCUUUCCUUGAACCGGAGAACCCGAACGGUAUCAUGAUGCCUUCCUCUUCCCCUCCAGCACGCACAUCGUUGACCCGUCACGUGAGUGAUAGUCAUGCCGCUUCCGAAGCAGAGUUACAAAGGGCGUCCAUGAUCAUGAGAGACUUUGGAGGAGAGUCCAAGAGUUGUUCUGCCAUUCACUACAACCACCACUUGUCUGGUCGACAGUUAGAACUGUUGGAUGUGAAGGAGGAAGCACCUUCCAGUAGCGAUCAGACUGAGCCUACCUCGGAAGAAGAAGAAGACGACGACGAAGCAAGAGUCUGCGAGAAACUGCAAACGGCAGAAUCCAAAGAAGAAGGCGGUCCUGAACCAACAACUGACAAUGCUACGGGGGCGACCGCCGGCAUGUGUGAUGCUCUGGAUGCCCGUGUGAGCGAAAAGUUGCAAGCAAACAGUUCGUCCGUGGAAUCUUCCAUUGUAGAGGAACCUUCGGCAGUACAAGUGGCAGAUCAGCUGCAGGUUCCUGCUCCAAGCCGAAUGAAGACUGUACCUGGCAGCGUGGCCAUCGCGGCGGGAGUACAACAGACAGCGCGAGUUCAGGCUUCCAAGAGUACUUGCAUGGGCAUGUCGGAAGAAGAGCUAAUGCCACAACCCUUUCCACAACCAACUUUCGAGGAGGAGCAAGCACCAGGUGCCUAUGCCACGCCUGGUCGUGCCCCUUUCACCAACAGUCUGGUCAGAUUGGAACAACAACAACAAGACGACCUGAGCCCAAUCCCCACCACCGCACAGAGUCACAACAACAACAAUCUUGACCCAGUAGUUGUCGUCAACGAUUCCCCCCUGAUGGCAGUGUGCGUGGAUCACGAUGACUUGGAACAUCGAAUCCGAGAGGAAAUCAUCCAGGCAUCCUCUCGAGCAGAUGUGAUACAUAUCGAAGACAGUGAUGGUGAUUAUGAUGAAGAUUUGGAAUCCAAGGCAUCCUCCUUGGACCUCGAAUUGCGACAGACCCGUCGAAAAUGUACCAUUUGUGCCACCAUUUCUACUUUGAUUGUCAUGGCACUCAUUGGAGUCAUUGUCUGGAGUGGAGUCCAAACAAAAGACAGCAGCAGCAGCAACAGCAACAGCGGCGAUGUUGAAGACGAGAAGAAGAAAGACAUUUCAUCGGCCGCCUGGAUGCUUCAGGGUAUCCUCAAGCGUGGCACACUUCGCUGUGGUGUCGUUGGGGAUCCUUCUUGGAAUGAUCAGACAGUUAGUAGUCAUGAUGACGGUGACAAGGAGAAUGAGAAGGGCAAGGACAACAAUGCCGACAAACACGGGGGCAGACGACACUUGCGAGAACGGAGUCGGCAACUUCAGAAGAGUGACAAAGAAAACUCGUCCGGGCCGAAGGACGUAUGGGGACAACGAAUUCCGCAAGACGUUGCCUUUGAAGAUUUAGAGGUCUGGGAACAGGACAAGCUCCUCGACAGGGCAGCAAGCAACAAGGAAUACGAUAUUUGUCGAGCAUUGGGUGCAGCAAUCUUUGGAAAGGGUGGUGAAGCCAAAGUGCAGAUGGUAUAUGCUUGGGAUUGGCAUGAGACGAUUUUUAAGGAUAAGAUGGAUCUCUACAUUGGAACCAUGAGCCCGACUAUAGACAAUGAUUUGUUUGUGCCCGGUCGUCUGAUCGGAUAUACAUUUUCCGCACCCUACUCUUACCAAGGACUUCGCUUCGGGGGCAACGCUUCGGACGUUCGUUGUGCCGAGGCGUUGGCCUUGGGUGGAACAGUCUCUGAUGACUGUGACGAGACAAUUGUCUGCGUGCACGAAACAAGCCUGGAAUUAUCAGACAACAGCAUACUGCCAGGUCUGGGGGACUUCCCUCCCAAUAGAACGAUCAUCUUGCCGCGCAACGAAGACUUGUUCGUGCCGCUGAUUGACGGCACGUGCAAUGUCAUUGCCGGUUAUGCAACGACGGUAGCAGAAUCAAGGGCCCAAAAAGCAGGUUUCGACGGGGACUACGUCGUGGGCAACGGCCUUGUGUCAAAGGAACCACGUGUGAUUGAAACUUACGACACCACCGGUGGCUACUCGACGUUCGUAAACUGGGUCUUGCUGUCUCUAUUUGCUGCUGCACAGCACGAUAUCACACAAGGCAACGCAGAGAAUUUCCCAAAAACAAGUUUGUUUGGUGAUGAAUACCAAGACGUUUUCUGCAAUGUGAUAGGAGCUGUUGGAAACAUCAACGAAAUCUUCUCUCGCGACCGCACGCUAAGCAAGGAGGACGUUUCUCCGCCGAGCGUUCAGAACACAGGGUUGAUCAUGGCACACCCUAUAGGCAGGGCUCGGAGGACAGGAUAUGAUGUUUUGGAGAAAAGUAAAGACGGGGCCCUUCGUGAUUUGCACGCAAGGGGGAAACUACGCUGUGCCAUCCGAGCGAACAGGCCAGGAUUCGCCGUAGAAGUUUCGUCCGGAGUGACAAACAAACCUUUCAGUGGCAUGGAUGCUGACUUUUGUCGCGCAGUAGCGGCUGGUUUCUUUGCAUCCACAGACGACACUGUUAUCGAGUUUGUUGUGGUCGAUUCGGAGGAUGAAGGGUAUUCAAUGCUAUCUGGAGGCCAAGUGGACAUCAUGGCAGGUGCAACUUGGGCCUUCAGAGAAAAGGCCAUUGAAGACAAGAAUUCCGAUGGCUUUGAGUACUCUCAGCCUUACUUUCUUUUUCGUGGCAACAGUAGCAGUACACUUGAAGACAAUUUUUGCCUAGCGAUGAAGGGAGGCAAUUACCAAUGGAGGUCAUUUGUUCGUUGGACUAUCGCUGCCACAAUCUUCGCCGAAGAAGAGGGCAUCGAGCAAGAUCGAGCUGAGGAACUUCCUUCGAUAGGGUCGUUUGGGUCUGCGUUUGAAGGGAUGUUCAGGUAUUCUGUUUCCCAUGUUGGUAAUUACCGCGAGAUCUAUGAGCGCAAUCUUGGUGAUCGAAUCCCCCGAAGUGGCCCCAACCUGUUGAAUCGAAACCCUCAAAGCUCAGUUCUGACCCUUGAAGCAUACGUCCCUCCAGGCUUGUGGCACUCGUUCCCAUUCAGCUAGAUUUCAAAUUGUUCUCGCACGCUCCCACUUAUCUCUCCUAUCUCGUCUUCGAACCACCUACCUCCAAGCAAGAGACACAGAACACAGUAUCAACGGCCAUCCCAGCAAGAGCCGGGAUCCAUGCCAGAGCCGAGGUAGUUUUCUUUCCUCAAACAUCCACAUCCUUCAGCCGCCGCACAUGUUCUUGUAGAGGUAAAGGCUUGCUAUAGCUUUAUUAUAGAACAUUCAGAAACGUAGAUACAGAUACACAAACUACAUUUUUAGUACGGAAGAUGUGGCAUGUUGCCAGUCAGGCAUGGUUUUUGGCAACCAGGAAUGAUGAAUCGUUUGCUCAGCAAGUACGCCAGUAUGGCUUUGACAACCCGGGGUUUCACACAAAUGCUUCGACUAGAGAGGGGCCGCCAAUACAUGGAACAUCUUGACAGUCUCGGCAGCACCAUUCAAAGCAACACACGCACAAGAGAAGCCUGUGCAGAAAUGAUGUAUCGCGACCUCCUCUUGUUGCAGUGGUGUCCUCAUAGCGACUGUAGUUGCCGCCGUUGGCGAUCACACCGGGUUGAUUUGAACUUCGUCCGUAGUAAUAUCUGCGACGAAUGCGCCUGCGUCCACAACCACAACACGAAAGUGUCAAGACAACCAAGGUCAAGGCAACAAACCACUGGCCCAGGUCCCAGGCCGCGACGGGUGUUCGAAAUACACCGGCGAUGCUAUCAGCAACACCAUCGAUGAAUCUAUCGACCUGCAAGUGACGACGUUCUUGAUGAGAGUGAUGGGACAUACUUCCUGACAUACCGGAAGCAAUUUAAUGAGGGCAACUUGAAUUCACGAGCCCAAGUUGUGGUGUUCCGAGUUCGGGGUUUAGUACGAUGCCGAGCCUCAGUGUUGUUGCCCAUACUGUGCCGUACCAGGCGUUUUGUACUAGCUAGUAAGUCGUGCUCGACGGUCCCGAUUUUGUGAGGCUGGACUGGUGGACCUGUUGUGAGUGUUGAUCUGGCACUCAGAAGCCUUAAGUCUUUGGGUCCCUAGCCAGAUCCAAGACCCUAUUAUGAUGUCAGCAAGCUGCAUGCAUGCUCACCCUGCUUGCAAGUUAUGCAAGUAGGAGCCACCAACCGCUAAGAGCUGUUAAGAGUUGGCACUCCC